UUUGAGUUCUUUGGAACAAAUGCAUGGUUCUGGAUUUUAACUUGCUUCCGCCUAGUUUAUUUGGUGAUGACCGUGUGCUUUGCUUCUGCUGCCUGCAGGGAGACCGAAUGUGGCACUUUGCUAUGUCUGUGUUCCUGAUAGAACUGUACGGACAAAACCUCCUUCUAACGGCAGUGUUCGGCUUAGUGGUGGCUGGAUCUGUGUUAAUAUUUGGGGUCUUAAUUGGUGACUGGAUUGACAGGAAGCCGAGAAAUAAAGUUGCUCACGCCUCGCUCUUCAUUCAGAAUGCCUCUGUCACGGCCUGCUGCGUGGUUCUGAUGCUUGUCUUCUCCUACAAAAGGGAGAUGGAACAAAUCUGGCGUGGCUGGCUCACUGUAGUGUGCUACGCUUCGGUGAUCACCCUGGCUGCCAUGGCAAAUCUGGCUGGCACGGCGCUGACCAUCACCAUUCAGAGGGACUGGAUUGUGAGCCUCACGGGUGACAACCGAGGCCAGCUGGCUGGGAUGAAUGCAGCCGUCCGGCGUCUGGACCAGGUCAUCAGUAUAUUUGCCCCCCUGUCUGUGGGACAGGUGAUGACGUGGGCAUCUUAUGUAAUUGGUUGUGGUUUCAUUCUUGGAUGGAACUUGCUUUCACUUCUUGUGGAGUUUCUAUUUCUGUCCAGGGUUUAUCAACUAGUUCCCCAAUUGGCUGUAAAACCCCAGCAACGCUCAGGGGGGCAUUUUCUAGAACGGCCACAGGAAGCUGUGAACAUCCAAGGUGAAACAGACUUUUGGGAAACUACUGCCGGUUUCAUCCACAAAUCCGGAUCUUUAGACAAACCGAAAGACCACAAAUCUAACCUUGAAGGACAGUGGAACACAGCCAGUGGGUUUCGCCUUUGCCUUCAAACCAUGCGUAGGCUGCUCCGCACAUGCCGUGAGGGCUGGGAGACAUACUGCAGGCAGAGCGUGUUCCUGGCUGGCCUGGGCCUGGCAUUCCUCUACAUGACAGUCCUGGGCUUUGACUGCAUCACCACUGGCUAUGCCUACACCCAAGGGAUCGGAGGGUCUCUGCUUAGCAUCCUCACAGCUCUCUCUGCUUUAUCUGGCCUGCUGGGCACAAUUCUCUUCACCUGGCUCCGGGGUCAUUAUGGUCUUGUCACCACAGGCAUCAUUUCCAGCUGGCUUCAUGUAGGAUGUCUAACGCUCUGUGUGUUUUCUGUCUUUGCUCCUGGAAGUCCUUUUGAUAUGGCUGUCUUCUCACUUCCACUAAACAAGAAUUCUUCUUCAAACCACGAGUUGCUAAAAGAGGACCAGGUACAUGUGUACUCCUUUGAAAGAAACCUGAACCAACCCAUCCUUCCGGACCGUUCUUCCAUCCACUGGACCAACAGCACCGUUCUGUUUAAUGGACAGCAGGACCCUGAGCAGCCUGAGUCUUACAUCUCCAUCAUUUUGCUCUUCUCAGGUGUGAUCCUGGCAAGAAUUGGUAAGCAGUGGGCUGUGUGUGGUGGGGAUUGUGCAGCCUGUGAUGUUGCUAACUUACCAUCCAUGCAUGUGAUAGCCUUAACCACUAUGCCAGUGUGA